GAUUGCUGGGAGUGAAGUGAUCGCGUCUGGAUGCGCGCUGAUUAGUCGACCCGAGCCGAGGCGGCCCUCACGCCAAGAACCCAGCCCACUCCAACAACUCACCAAAAGCAAUCCAUCUCGGGAUCAUGUCAUGCAUGCACAAAUUGCUCGCUCGCUCCUCUUCAGCCUCUGGCCUCAUCUCGUUCUCUUUAAAAAUCAGCUUUCUCACCCAUUAGUAUCAUUCUCGAAGUGGUCGACGAUGGCAAUAAAAUCUGGACCGGGUCAUCACCAUACGAGUUUUGUGGUUGUGUGUUAAGCCAGUGAAAUAAUAGUUGUUAUUAGUGAAAACACUAAUUGUUAAUUGGUUGUUACUAGUAAAGUUUUGUCACUAUGUCGUCGUCAUCCUCAAAUAAGGAUGAGAACACUUCGUCGACACCUUUCUCCAUCCAGAACAUUUUGGGCAAUAAAAAUUACGAUGGUGUUUGGACAACGAUUUUGUCGAGUCGUCCACGUCCCCUGGAUUCGCCGGAGGGGAGCAGUACCUCGCAUCAUAAUAUGUUCAAAGCUACCGACUGGGAUGCGGAAGCGAUAGAUAUGAGGAUGAAGCAUCAGUUGAAAGACCCUGAAAUGAAACCGAGGAAGAAACGAUCCAGAGCUGCCUUUUCCCAUGCACAAGUAUACGAACUAGAAAGAAGAUUUAGUCAUCAACGGUACCUCUCCGGCCCGGAAAGAGCAGAUCUUGCCCAAGUCCUCAAACUUACGGAAACACAGGUGAAAAUUUGGUUUCAAAAUAGAAGGUACAAAACCAAACGAAAACUCCAACAGGAUAUGACUUCUCCUUGCCAAGUCCCUCAGGCGAGGAAAGUAGCUGUUAAAAUCCUCAUGAAAGACGAUAAAGUUAUAUACAACCGUGAAGAGGUAAAGCCUUAUCUAAGUCCGAGCAAUUUGCUGCUGAACUCUUUCUACUCGUAUUACUGUUGGCCUUUCCAAUUUGGCAAGUACCCACCACCUCCACCCCCCACGGGUCAUGGACACCCGCCUCUCUCCCUCACGCUACCACCACCUCCACCCAUUCUCCAGUAGUCACAUCGAGUGCAAAAUCACCAAACUUCAGUCCGGUCGUAGAGGAACAAAGGUGUCGUUCAAUAAUAAAACAUAAGUAAACGUCGUUUUUCGUCGGUCUUGAUUUACUUAAAUAUUUAACGAGUGAUUUCUGAGAAGUCGGGAAGGAAGGAAAGUAUUGUGCACCCCAUGUACGCACUUAUUACACCCCGUUCUAAGUCAUAAAUAUAAAUAUUACUACGUUCUCACCCAAUCGAGAGUGGCGUUAGUUAGUUAAUAUUUGUUAUGAUAUGUUGUGCAAUAUUGUACGUACGUAGUGAUUUUAGUAGGAAAAUGAACCUGGUCUCACUCUCAGAUAUGUAGAAGUGUGUCUUCUAUUCAUUUAUUAUUAUUAUAGUCAAAGUUUUCACUUCUGCUGCGAACGAGUCUCUUAUAGCCUCUAAAAAUGAAUGUGGAUAAUAAUAAAUGGCAAAAACAAGUUGGAAGUUGUAUACGAAUAUUGAGCUGCAAUAGCCCUCAUCUUCUUGGUUGAUGUGAUGUGCUGACUGCAUGGUAAAACGAUUAGGUAACUAUUUAUCUGUUUGAGAGAAAAAGGGAUCCUUAUUCUGAAACGCUCUCUCUCAACUCAUCCUCAUUCACGACGACUGUAUCCAAUCCGUAAACACUACAUACGUUCAAGAGAAGCAGCAGAAAAGUGUGAUUUCCAAUCGUAUACAAGUCUUUUUUGGCGUGAAGUGAAAUGCGUAUUCAUUCAUGAAGUGUAAUAAUUAUCAGUUUAUCAUCCUCGUCUCAUCCCCCACCACCAGUCCCACUUCUCAUUAUGAUUCCAUUAAUGAAGUGAACCCUUAUUCUUUCUUUGUAAAGUUGGAGUAGGGCGAGUGGAUUGUGACACUUGUUUGAAUCCCAGGUCACGUCUUGCCCGAGUCACAAUUUAUUUCUAAUUUCGACACUUUCACGUCCCACCGAAUCUGGCAUGUCAUCCUCUCACUUAUCGGAGAAAUGGUUUUCACUUUUGUAAACCAUUCAUCUUUUUCCUUCGUGUGUUAGUGCAUCAAAUUGAAGCUGUUUAAUCUCGGGGGCUAGUUGACACGUUUACAUUAUUGUUAUGUAAUUCUACUACUACGUACGGUUUGAUCUCGUUAUUUAGAUAGUUGUUUAAAUAAUUUUAGUUGAUAAUAAUAUAAAUAAUCCGUUAUAAGGGUUAUGUUUGCGUAAAAGUUGAAAAGUCAAUCUGCUCUGUUUGUCUGGCUUUAUUCGUUCACACAAUAAAAUAUGCAUGCGUUUUGGGAAUAUGUAUGUACGAUUGGAAAAUGGGUUUGGCCGUGGAGCCAAGCCGAUAAUGCGAUCCAUGUCAGAAUCAGAUGUUCAAAUAAUGCAAUUAAUCAGUGUUUAAAGCCCUAAAAUACUUACUACAUACGUACGUACGGCGUGGAUAGACUUAGGAUUAGCACGGUGGGUGAGUGGCUUCGAGUGGAUUGAAGAGUAUCACAUUACUUACUUACUUACAUAGUACUCUUAUGUGUUUAGAUGAACAAAUGUUUAUCAAUUACUCACUGCUGUGCUGUAACUGUAACUGUAUGUAAUUUUACCGUAAUAUAUUAUCCGCACUAUUACCCCUGUGUGGACACAUGUCAAGAUGAUGAAUAUAUAUUAUUUGCUAAAACUAUGUAUGCGAGUAGGAAAAAGAAAUCCGUGAAAAUAAUAAAACUGGAUGGAAAUGUGAGA